UACAGAUUACAAAGUUAGGUAAUAUCCAGCAUUGAUAGUUUAAUGUGGUGACUUGUUAACAAUUAUCACUGUUUCAGGGAAGGGCAAAGUUGUGUGUGUGUGUGUGUGUGUGUUUUCCUUUGUGUGUAUCCGUGUAUGCAAUUGUGGGUUUUUGUGUAUAUUUGUGAGGCUUUUUACUUGGCGGAGUUAUAAGUAUCUGAUCAUCAAGGUUGAGAUUAGCAAAGAAAGUGAAGAUUUUUCCAGAGCCCCUGAAAUGUUCCUGUUGAGCAGCACUGAGGACAUCUUUAUAACCGAGUAUUUGCAAUAAAUAUGUCAUGGGACCAGUGUUACAAAUUCCUCUCUAAAUAGCCUUUACCUCACUGGAAUAACCCUUUAGAUGAGGAAGAAAAGGGCUAUGAAUUUAUAGCUUGUUAUGAAGCUGGAGUGAAGAUGAUGCUUUAGUACUUAUCCUACAAAGAUACCCCCAAUCCCUCACCCUAAAAUUACCGUUGAAAUCAUUUUCCCUUUCUCCUUCACUGUCAGUUUCCAUGUCAGAAAAUGUACCAUUACCUCCCUGCACCCUUUUCUUCUCUCUCACUUUUACUCUUGCUUAGAUGGAAAGAUAACCCAGCAAUGCCUGCAGGGCUGAUGUAUGAAGGAGUUUUCAAAGAGCCCCUGAAAUACUCGGGCGGGAGUGCAGCUCAGAGCACAGUGCUUCAUGCCUUUGAUGAGUUCUUAGGCAUUCGUCAUAGCAAGGAAAGUGUUGACUUUCUGUACAGAAUGAGGGAUUACAUGCCUCCUUCCCAUAAGGCCUUCAUAGAAGACAUCCACUCGGCACCUUCCCUGAGGGACUACGUCCUGUCCUCUGGACAGGACCACUUGCUGACAGCCUAUAACCAGUGUGUGCAGGCCCUGGUAGACCUGCGGAGCUAUCACAUCACCAUGGUCACCAGAUACCUCAUCACAGCUGCAGCCAAGGCAAAGCGUGGGAAGCCAAACCAUCUCCCAGGGCCGCCUCAGGCUUUAGAAGACAGGGGCACAGGUGGAACUGCAGUUAUGAGCUUCCUUAAGAGUGUCAGGGAUAAGACCUUGGAGUCAAUCCUUCACCCACGUGGUUAGGAGACUGCCCUCUCCCCAGCAAUGCAGAGCCCCCAUGGAGGGCAGGUGGGCCUGGAGAAUGAGGAUCAGGGUUCUGCCUGGGAUCAUCCAGGAAGGAUCUCAGCCCUAUUCAUGUUCCUGCUCUACAGAGCACCAUAAUCUCCUUGUCGAGAACUGUUGACUUCACAAAGGAGAGUUGAUGUGGCCAAGACUUUCCUUCUCUACCUGAUCACUGCUUAACAGCAAGUAUCAUGGAUACUUCCUCAUGCAGAACCCCCCAGAGGAGUGACUGUACCCCAUUCUCUUGGCCAAGUAGUAGAAAACCAAUCUGAAUUUCAAAAAUCAGAUAAAAUUGCCCGGGGAUACAUUACCUGUUGAUUUUCUUAAAAAACAAAUUCACUUAAGAAUUCAUUAAGUUCCUACUGAGCACUGCCUCCAAGAUUAUUAGAACAAGGAUUUCUGUGGUCCCAGACCAGCCCUCUUCUCCCUGAAUGUGUUGAGUUUGGUGGCAGGAGGUUGGAAAUGCUCCAGUGGAGAUGUGGAAGAAAGAGGAUGCUGACAAUAAGGACUUGGAUGUCACCAGUGUGAAAAUGAGCAGUUAAUGAUACGGGAACGUUGAGAACGGAUGAGACUUUCCACAUGGUACCUAGAUUUGCAAAUUGUAUUGUAAUGCCUUUCUUUAUUUUUAGAAGAAUUAUUCUCUCUUCUUACUCUGAAAAUCUGUAUUUGUAAAAUGAAAGAAUGGAUCUUAUAUAAGUAAAUAAGAAAACUGGGAAUAAGUAGUAAAUCGAUGUGGUUAGUGUGCAAAUAAAUGUAAAUGCUUUUAUUGACUUGG